CUCGCCUUCCUGGAAGGGCUCAACUGCACUUUCAGCUCCUCCAGACUUUGCUUUGGCCGUGCCCUCCUCCGGUCCAGCUCCUCCUGUGCCUGCCUGUCUCGGCGCUAUCCCGUUAAAAGGCUGCUGCUCCCGCUGCGCUGAACCGAUGCUCUGCCUGCCUUGAUCUGGGAUGAAGGCUGGAGGUUAUCGGCGAGGGAAAGGAGAACUCUAGGCAGCUUUCCAUUUGCAAAGUGAGCAGUAAUUGCGAGAAGACAGCCUUCCCGGCUGGGAUCAAUAGUCUGCUUUCUUGCUGCUAAGGGCACUUUGGAGCAGCAGUAGGUCACUGAAGUAACUUCGGCACACUGCUGACUGCGGAGUUGUAAAGAACUACAUGCAAGUGGCUGCAGUAGUGCUGGAAAACGCUUUGCUGUUACCAGGGACACAAUAGUUUUCAAGUCAUUAGAGCUUCGAUUCUGGUCCCGCUCCUAUUACACAGAGAGGGUCAUUCUUUGGAAGAAUGAGGAUGGAGCUGUGAAUUAUUCUUUUCCAGUGUUCCACUGUCCCCUUCUAGUGGAAGGGGGUAAGAGUGGGGGAAAAGAAGCUUUUAGAAGCCAAGCCCCACUGCUGCUGAACUAAGCUUCACUUGAUUUUCCCCAAACCUUUCCAGGCACAGAGAGGCACAAUGCCAGAGAACCUGAACCUUCUUCGGGCUUUUGGGGGUUUAUUCUUUAUCUUCUGGACAGCUUUUAACACAGCCUUAGUGGAUGUGGUUGGAUCGGAGCAGCAGAUCCCCUUGUCAGUUGUAAAGCUCUGGGCUUCAGCAUUUGGUGGAGAGAUCAAAUCUAUUGCAGCCAAAUACUCAGGUUCCCAGCUCCUACAGAAGAAAUACAAAGAAUAUGAGAAGGAUGUUGCAAUAGAAGAAAUUGAUGGCCUUCAGCUUGUGAAAAAGUUAGCAAAGAAUAUGGAAGAAAUGUUUCAUAAGAAAUCUGAAGCCGUACGGCGUCUUGUUGAAGCUGCAGAAGAGGCUUACCUGAAACAUGAAUUUGAUGCUGACUUACAGUAUGAAUACUUCAAUGCUGUGCUCAUAAAUGAACGAGAUGAAGAAGGGAACUAUCUGGAGCUGGGGAAGGAGUUCAUUCUGGUGCCAAACGACCACUUCAACAACUUGCCUGUGAACAUCAGUCUGAGUGACGUCCAAGUACCCACCAACAUGUACAAUAAGGAUCCAGCCAUUGUAAAUGGAGUUUAUUGGUCAGAAUCUUUAAAUAAGGUGUUCGUUGACAACUUUGAUCGUGACCCUUCUCUCAUCUGGCAGUACUUUGGAAGUGCAAAAGGAUUUUUCAGACAAUAUCCAGGAAUUAAAUGGGAACCCGAUGAGAAUGGAGUCAUUGCAUUUGACUGCAGAAACAGAAAGUGGUACAUCCAGGCAGCAACUUCUCCAAAAGAUGUGGUAAUUUUAGUGGAUGUCAGUGGCAGUAUGAAAGGGCUUCGCUUGACUAUUGCAAAACAGACAGUUUCAUCUAUUUUGGAUACCCUUGGAGAUGAUGACUUCUUCAAUAUAAUUGCUUAUAAUGAAGAACUCCACUAUGUAGAGCCGUGUCUGAAUGGAACAUUAGUUCAAGCAGACAGAGCCAACAAAGAGCAUUUCAGGGAACACCUUGACAAACUUUUUGCAAAAGGAAUUGGAAUGUUGGACAUUGCUUUAAAUGAAGCUUUCCACAUGCUCAAUGAAUUCAAUCACACAGGACAAGGAAGCAUUUGCAGCCAAGCCAUAAUGCUGAUCACUGAUGGAGCUGUGGACACAUAUGAUACCAUAUUUGCAAAAUACAAUUGGCCAGACAGAAAAGUCCGUAUUUUUACCUACCUGAUUGGAAGAGAAGCUGCAUUUGCUGAUAACCUGAAGUGGAUGGCCUGUGCUAACAAAGGGUUUUUUACUCAGAUCUCUACCCUGGCUGAUGUGCAGGAGAACGUUAUGGAAUAUCUCCAUGUUCUCAGCCGACCAAAGGUCAUUGACCAGGAGCACGAUGUCGUGUGGACCGAAGCAUACAUUGACAGCACUCUCCCUCAGGCACAAAAGCUUGCUGAUGACCAGGGAUUGGUGCUGAUGACAACUGUUGCCAUGCCAGUAUUUAGUAAGCAAAAUGAGACUAGGUCUAAAGGGAUUCUCCUGGGAGUAGUUGGCACAGAUGUUCCAGUUAAAGAGCUUUUAAAAACUAUUCCAAAAUACAAGUUAGGAAUUCAUGGAUAUGCUUUUGCAAUUACAAACAAUGGAUAUAUUUUGACUCACCCAGAACUCAGGCCUUUGUAUGAAGAGGGGAAGAAACGAAGAAAGCCCAACUACAGUAGUGUGGAUCUUUCUGAGGUGGAGUGGGAAGACAGAGAUGAUGUGCUUCGAAAUGCAAUGGUGAACCGCAAAACAGGAAAAUUCUCCAUGGAAGUGAAGAAGACAGUGGACAAAGGGAAGCGGGUCCUGGUGAUGACAAAUGACUACUAUUAUACAGACAUCAAGGGUACCCCAUUCAGUUUAGGUGUGGCUCUCUCUAGAGGACAUGGAAAAUACUUCUUCAGAGGGAAUGUAACUGUAGAAGAAGGUUUGCAUGAUUUAGAACACCCUGAUGUAUCUUUAGCAGACGAAUGGUCCUACUGCAACACUGACUUGCACCCUGAGCACCGGCAGAUGACUCAGUUGGAAGCAAUCAAACGCUACCUCACAGGGAAGGAGCCCCUGCUGCAAUGUGAUAAAGAAUUGAUCCAGGAAGUUUUGUUUGAUGCUGUUGUGAGUGCACCAAUUGAAGCUUAUUGGACCAGUCUAGCCUUGAAUAAAUCAGAGAACUCUGACAAGGGGGUGGAAGUUGCCUUCCUUGGGACACGGACUGGACUCUCUCGGAUUAACCUGUUUGUGGGCCCAGAGCAGCUGACCAACCAAGACUUCCUGACAGCUGAAGAUAAGGAGAACAUUUUUAAUGCUGACCAUUUUCCACUCUGGUACAGAAGAGCUGCUGAACAAAUACCUGGGAGCUUUGUCUACUCAAUCCCAUUCAGCACAGAAACUGCCAACAAGAGCAAUGUGGUGACAGCCAGUACUGCUAUUCAGCUUCUGGAUGACAGGAAAUCUCCAGUGGUUGCAGCUGUAGGUAUCCAGAUGAAACUUGAAUUUUUCCAGCGGAAAUUUUGGACUGCAAGCAGACAGUGUGCAUCUCUUGAUGGCAGAUGUGCUAUAAGUUGUGAUGAUGAAACAAUCAAUUGUUACCUAAUAGAUAACAAUGGAUUUAUUUUAGUGUCUGAAGACUAUCAACAGACUGGUUACUUUUUUGGGGAGGUUGAAGGGGCUGUGAUGAACAAAUUACUAACAAUGGGCUCUUUCAAGAGAUCUGGGUGCGCGGAUCUGGCUGUGGGCGGGAUUCUGCCAAGGAUGGUCAGUGUUCUACUCACACCAUGUUUAGGUCUCCAGUUAUGCGUUUGUCUCCCAUGUGCCUCUCUCUGCCAGUCCACAAAACAAUGGCUUCUUAGCCAUUUCUAUUCUCAGCAUAAGUAAAAAACAAUAAUAUAAGCAGGAUAACCAUGUGCUAAAUGUUUAGUUGAAGCUGCAGCAUCCAAUAUAUCAGAGAUUUUGUCUGUAAGCCAGAAAGAAAAUAUAGACAUAAUAAAGAAGCUUUUAGUGAUGUUUGCUGUCACAAAAAUAGAUCAGAAAAAUAAAAUAUACUCUCUACCACAAUGGAAUGCAAUGUUUUAUUGGUACCGCUUGCAAGGUUUCAUGGCAUGCAGUGCAGGAUACCUCAUGGUGAUGCUGAAUGCAUUUCAUGACCUGGUUUUGGCAGCUUCUGGGACAUCCUCUGUGUAGCUGAAUUUGUGUGCUCUUCUUUCCUCUUCACUUAGAAGCAAGGCACACAUUGCAAAACAUUUUAGUCCCAUCUCAUACCUCUAUUAACCAUCUCUGUCCAGUUGUGUUCCCUUGUCCCUCUGAUGAUGCAAAAGUCAAAUGGAAAUGUUUCCAAUAACAAUAGUGAAUUCUCUAGAUUUACACUUGUUGCAAAUUAUUAGUUAAGGAUUCUUUACACCUGCUACAGAUUUUAAAUGCUUUGUUUUUGUGGAUUGAAAAAGUUAAUUUAUUGUUCUAUGGACAGACAGAUUUAGAUAAUCACAGUAAUUCCAUGUACUAGCUCUGAGUUCUGGAUUUUACAUUUAGAUCUCUGAAGUGUUUCGAUGAUGAGUAAGAUUGCAAGCAUAAGUAAAUUUCCCUGUUUACUAUGCAUCUGAGGAGGCUUAUACCAUAAGUUGAUUACAGCAGGUAGCUGGAAUAUUUUGCCUUCAUGAAAAGAAGCAACGGUAAACCCAUCCUGCUUCAAAUAUCUGUACUGUCAGUGCACUGAAAUUCCACCUCUGUCUCCUUCAGCAGCAAUGCCAUGUUCAAAGCAGUUGUGCACUGAGAUGCUGGGACUGUAGAAGAGGGUUUCUGCUUUUACUGAAGUUUGAGUGGUCUGUUGUGCGAAGCCUCUCAAAUGCAUACACUCUUUCAUUUUCUGGGGCUAAAUGUGCUGAUCUUAGUCCAGAACCAAUUGUUUUAGCAUUGUGUUGGAUGUGUAUUCUCCUCCUCCCCACACUGUUUAUGCCAUCCUGUGUUCACUCUCUGCGUAUCUUCCC